AUGGACCUCUUGCGGCAACCCUCCCCGGAAUCGCGUGGCACAAUAUCCAGGCCGUGCGCCAGUGACGAUGCAACUUCCAUCUACUUCAUGUGUGACGACUCCUGGGCCGACCGGGGCGCCGUCGAUGAAGUCAACCAGAUCCGUCUUCUGGAUUUUCUUCGCCUUGACACCCGCCCGACCUUCGUGCUCGACCUGGCUUCCCUCGGCGAAACGCACAGCUUGCUUCAUCCCAUCUACUGCAACCCGGCCCUGUUGGGCGCCGCAAACGGCACCCUCCUCCCGCUCAUCACCGGCCGGGCCAACGUGGACGCCGUUGGCGCUCUCUUCACCGGAAGUUAUUCGCGCUUCCGGACGUGGACUUGCAGCCCAGAGGAUGGCUCUCGGAACGGCGGCUUCAGGUACGCCAACAUACAGUGGACAAAGUUGGUGUUGAUGGGCCGCUGGAGCGUUGUCAGUGGUGUGCUGGACCAACCACGUUCAGACCUGCGCCUCGCUGACCUCUUUCACACUUCUCCCCAACCGACCGCAAGGACACUUCCGACUUUUGGAUUCCCCGGCUUUAGUCGGGACAUGCAUCCCAAUCAGUGUGUGCACCUUGAAGCCCAAAGUGACGACCUGGUUGUUGCACAGCUGCCGAGCUUGACACCGGAUUCGCCUGAAAUGCCGGCCAAGACUACUGACCGUCCGCUUGGGAUGGAUGAUGGCCAGUCCAACGAUGCCCGCGACACGCCAUCUAUCCAUUGCUUCGAUUGGACAAGCGAUCAUCCGUACCCAGACAUGUCGGCCCAUGUCAAAUUCGCCCGGUCCGUGGAUUGGAGCCAAACACCGCUAGGCCCGAUGGGCAGUUGGACAAGUCCUCUGCGUACGAUGAGUAAUCUGGUCAUGCGAGAUCCGAACCCUUCCGUCUUGUUCUGGGGAGAAGAGGUUACCAUGAUCUACAAUGAGGCUUACAUCGAGCUCAUCGGAGAAUUGCACCCGAUAGCCAUGGGCAAGAGCGCAAAGGUCGUGUUCGAGGAAUUUUGGAGCCAUUUUGUCCCUAUCAUCUCCCGCAACCGCCUUGUUGGAGAGGCUGUACCCGAAACUAACAAACCCAUCUUCCUCGCAAGAAGAAACAUGGUGGAAGAGACGUAUUUCUCCUUUACCUUUCUUCCCGUCAUGGAUGACCAAGGGAACGUCGUUGGCCAUUACGAACCUGUGAAGGAGACUACAACACAGGUCGUCUCCGAGAGGCGGCUUUCUACUUUGCUCAGGCUGAUCGAGGAAACCUCGAUUGCCCGGACACCGGAUGCCUUCUGGAGCUCGGUGUUGCAGGGGCUAUCAGCGAACGACAAAGACAUCCCCUUCGCCACGCUGUACGCCAUUGAAUGUGACGGGGGCUUGAGCGAAGACUCGUAUCUUGGCUCGAUCAAGAGCGUUGUGAAAGAAUGCACCUUAAAAGGCUCCCUUGGUAUACCCGAAGGCCAUCCUGCCGCUCCUCCUCAUCUCGACCUUCUGGAGGGCAUCGAGUCCUUCAUGCCCUACUUACAGGAAGCCGUCGACACGGGAAAGCCGAUACUUUUUGGCUUGGAUGAGCCGGCUUUUCCAAUGGACUUGUUUGAUGGCAUACGCUGGCGCGGGUUUGGCGAUCCAUGCAACGCGAUUGUCAUUUGCCCCAUCACGCCGACAACCACCACGAACGCGCUCGGCUUUCUAAUUGUUGGCCUGAACUCACGCCGUCCGUACGAUGAUGAUUACCAGCAGUUCAUGGGCGUCAUCGCUAGAUCACUGGCUACCUCGCUAGCAUCUGUCGUCCUGCACGAGGAGGAAAUACGGUCUCGUGAGAGGGUAAUCUCCCAAGCGGAGCUUAUGAAGACACAGCUCUCCGAGCAACUGGAUGUCAGCCGGAAAGAAGUCGCGAGAAACGAGAAGAAAUUCCAGCGCUUCGCGGAGCGCGCCGAUGUGGCUAUCUUCAUCGUAGGCUCGGAUGGCCACUACACUUACCGAAACCAGGCAUGGUUCGAGAUUUUCCAGCUGGGAGACGCCGAUCUAGACGUCAGAGAUGCUUGGCCUCGCCUUUGCUAUGCAGAGGAUAUACCAAGGUGCGAAGAGUAUUUCAAGCGGUUGAUGGCCGACAACUGCCCGAUAAACUUUGAACUCCGUCUCAGAAGAUCGUGGACGCCAGCGACAGAUGACGCAGCCCUGAUGACGGCUGAUGGGAAUUCGGUGCAAAGCGUGUGGAUUCUUUGUUCCGCGUAUCCCGAGGUCUCUGAAAGUGGUGAGAUCAAAGAGAUUGUAGGAUGUGUGACGGAUAUCAGCCGCCAGAAAUGGGGCGAGUGGCUGCAGAAGCAACGAACGGAAGAUGCCCUGGAAUCAAAGCGACAGCUCGAGAACUUCAUCGAUACCACAAGCCACGAGAUGCGCAAUCCUCUCGGUGCAGUCAUUCAAUGUGCGGAUGGCAUCAUCGCGUCCCACAGCGCUUACAUCGACUCCAACAGUGAUCUCGGUGAACUGGAACGAAAGCUUUUGGACAGUGGCAUCGACUCUGCGCAGACUAUUGCACAGUGCAGCCAGCAUAUGAAGCGCAUCGUUGAUGAUGUCCUGACAAUGUCCAAACUCGAUUCUGGUCUCCUCAUAAUGACGCCCGUUGAUACGCAACCGGAAUACCUUGGACGACAUGCUGUCAAGAUGUUUGAAGCCGAAGCCAGGGCGGCUGGCGUUGACCUCAAAUACACUGUCGAUCCAUCAUGCCGUGAGCUCGGUCUGGACUGGGUAUCACUUGAUCCCACUCGGCUUCUACAGAUCAUCAUCAACCUCGUCACCAACGCCAUCAAAUUUACGAGGCUAGAGUCGCGGCGGACAGUGAUUUUGAGCAUUGGUGCAAGCACGCAGCGUCCAUCCAGGUGCAAGGCCCACGGGGUCAACUACAUCCGCACCUCGGCCUCUCCCGAAUCGCCUUCGCUCAUUGCGGACUGGGCCAAGGGCGGCUGCGUUUUCGUCCAGUUCGCCGUCCAGGACACAGGCCGUGGCCUUACAGAAGAGGAAAAGCAGCUCCUCUUCGCCCGUUUCUCGCAAGCUUCGCCACGGACUCACAUUCGCUACGGCGGCAGCGGCCUCGGCCUCUUCAUUUCUCGCCGCCUUACCGAGAUGCAAGGAGGCGCCAUCGGCUUUUCGUCGCAUACCCGGGGUGGCAGCACCUUUGCGUUUUACGUCAAGGCCCGCCGUAGCGCCCCGCCGACGCCGCUUGACGUGGGCAGUACUGAGUCGAUGCAGGAAAUGAUGGACGUGUUGACUCCUCUGACACCUACCGGCAGCGCCGAUGAUGAGUUUGUGCAAACGCCUCCAGCGACGAAGGUGCACUCGCCGGUGCGGGCAAGGUCCGACUCGCUGGACCACGACCUUCAAGAAAGCAGCAGCCCGGCAAAACGUCCCAGCCUACGCCGCCAACAGUCGAACGUAUUGGACCCCAUUCACGUGCUACUGGUCGAGGACAACCUCAUCAACCAGCGCGUGCUGGCCAAAGAGCUGAACGGCAGAGGCUGCCUCGUUUCCGUGGCCAACCAUGGGGCCGAAGCGUUGGAAUUCCUGCGUAGAACGAUGUAUGCCUCGCCCGAGUACGCCAAGGUCGCGACAGGCAAUAGGAAUGGCAAUGGAAACGAUAAUUAUGGUGCGAGUGGUGCCUUCUCGCCACCGGCCAUGGCGCUCGACGUCAUUCUGAUGGACUGGGAGAUGCCGGUCAUGGAUGGGCUGUCGGCGGUGAGGGAGAUCAGGCGGAUGCAGAAGGAGGGCGUGCUCAGGGGGCACGUUCCGGUCAUCGCUGUGACGGCCAAUGUGCGGAAUGAGCAGGUCACGCAGGCCAUGGAUGCAGGCAUGGACGAUGUCGUGUCGAAGCCUUUCCGCGUCCCGGAGCUCUGCAAGAGGAUGCGGGGGUUGAUGCGCCAGCUGAAGGGGCCGAAAGUGCAGUUGAAUGGGGAAGCGUGA